CAACAAGACUUGACGUAAAUAUAGUUAAAAUGACAUAGUUUAAGCUAAUUGGUGUCGUAUUACUCCCCGUAGUUGUGUGUGGAUCUACUCGAAUUAACAGAGUGGAAAAAUACUAACUGUCUGAUAAUUCAGUUUAAUUAAUUUUGUAAUUAAUCACAUGUUCGGUUGAUUGAUUCCAGUCAUAUUUUGACUUUGAAAGAAAGAAUACGAUUACGUCAAAACAAAAUUAGAGAUAGUGGAACAAGCUGAUCUCAUCACUCAGGCUCAGGUAAUAAAGACUAUCGACCCAGAGAAGGAAGGACUAUGAACGGUUAAUGCGACGUCAUGAAGAUAAAGUGAUAAUCCUUUCCAUUUAAAAUUUAUCAAGCGUGACCAACAACAAAAAGGCGUCAAAAUGAGUGGGUGUCAUCAAAUUUUAACCGGAGCUGUCAACUCUGGUGACCGCUCCUUCUGCAUGGGAAAUAUUGACAGUAUCUCUUUUCUGGCAUAUGCUUCUGGAUGCAAACUCGUCAUUCUAUCUUUUGAUUUCCAACGGGUGCAAAUUAUCCCAGGCGAUGUGCAAAUAAGCUGUGUCCACUGCUCGUCAGAAUCUGGGAAAAUUGCCGCAGCGUAUCAAAACAAGAUUAAAAUCUUUGAACCUGUCCUCAACAAGGAUUUAAAUCAUCCAAAUCCGCUCUUCAACUACCGCUGGCAAGAAACAUCUGUGCUAGAGUGUGAAUGCAGAGUAAAUUCGCUAUCAUGGGAUCAAGAAGGUUACCGUCUCCUCAUGGGGGGCACGUCUCUCCAAAUGUGGAAAUUAUCCCGAAAAUUUGGCGUCAUUGUUGGCGAUUCGCCCAACCAGAAGGCAAAUUAUUAUGGAGGUAACAACAAUGGGGACAUCCAUUGGGAGUGUAUAUGGAAAUGUGCGACGGCGACGGAAGUUCAUUUUCUUGGGUUUUCACCGGAUUCCUGUCUUUUUGCCACGGCUGGAAAGUUUGAUCGACUCGUCAAAGUUUGGUAUCCAAUGUCACGACUUUCUCCAACUCCAGAGAAAAUAUCGUACGAUUUCGUUUAUUUGCCCCACCCGAGAGCCGUGACUGGAUUUUCGUGGCGUCAGACGAGUAAAUAUAUGCCCAAGGGAGCCGUGUUCAACUGUUUGAUAACGGGUUGUUUGGACAAGAUCUGUCGCAUCUGGACGGAAACAGUAUUACCUGAGGACAGCUUUAGUGUCAAUGUAAAUCGAGAUUUGCAGCCGACAGAUCCCAAAUUCCAUAGGACUCAUAAACACCGGAUUAUGAAACGACUACAACAUGUAAAGGCCUGCUUUCACCUCAAGAAAUCCCGAACUAGAGACAUACAACAACACCAUCACACCAUAACGUCGGCCUUUCCACUUCCAAUGAUUUCUGGAGCCGCCCUUCCCAUGCUUGGCCUCCCAUCGGUCCAUUCAAUCCCAUCCACGAUGGAUUUCGUCCAAGCUCAUCACAUGAUGCAUCACGGGAUCGCUGUACAUUUCCACUUGUCCGCCAGUAUUAAUGCAGAAACGGAUAUUCCCCUCGUGCCAGCCUUGAAGCAUCACAACUUCCGAGUUUUUUGGCUAAACAACAAGGAAAUGUUCUUCACUCAGCAGGCGGAAACUAUAUUGCAAGAGAUUUGUCGAAAAGGAAUGGAGAGGGAUGAUUCUGGAGACAAUUUUGAUGAGGGUGGAAACCGACAUUUGCCUAAAUCUCACUCACACGACGACAACCAUAGAUUGGGUGCUGAUGAUGACAGUUCUCAGCCAUCUUUAAGUUCUGCGGCAUCCUCGACAUCCUUAGCGGACGGAAAUUUCACCCCCAGUUUGGAUAUGCUAGACCGGAAAUUGGAACAGUUGUUGCGAGACUGGCACAAGACGCCCGAUAUUCUUGUCUCACUUCAUCCCAUUGAUGGAUCUUUUCUAGUCUGGUCGAUCGACUGGUUGGAUGAGCAUUCUCCAGGAUCAUUUCGACAAGCUCAAGUCUCAUUUUCUAGCUGCAUUCCGGGCGCAAUACCAUUGGCGGAUGCGACCAGCAUGUCUAGUCCAAACCUGUAUUUGUUUCCGCUGGAAAAGUUGGCGUCCAACAGGGCAGCGAUGAUGACGAAACAUCACAACGGAUCUCUAAAUUUGUGGACAUUGAGCUUUGGAGAUGAUUCAAAGUUUUGCCAAUUACUAAGCGUAUCUCAUGCAAAGAGAGCUUCUGGUCAUAGAUUUAGGGUACGAGAAAUGUCCUGUCACCCUGUCCUCCCUUUAAUCCUAACUGCUGCCAGUCACUCCUUUACCACUAAUACAGCCUCUUCGGGUGGCAUUGAUGAUUCUGAAGCUGGAGGGCCAAAGAGUCAGAAUUACUGCAGUGAGCUAAUCCUAUGGCGUGUGGAUCCCAUCGGACCCCUUUGCAAAUCUGGAGGAGUAGUUGAAAUUGCGAGGAUAAAUUCAUCGGAAGUUGAUGCCUUCUCUCAUGUCGCCUGGGUGCCCGGCCUCCUUCCUAGCACGUCCUUAUUUUCUAAUUCUGGCUGUUUCGUCGCCUCAGAUGGGACUAAUUUGCGAGUUUAUCAAGCAGUUUUGGAUGCGAGUAAUUUAUUGGCGGAAAUUUCUUCAGUGUACAGAAAACGAAAAGCGUCCUUAAAUGACUCUGUGGUCAGUCUUUCCUCCUCCAGCUCGCUUUCUUCAGUUCAUGAUGAAGUUGAAGACCCUGCAGAUCCGGACCUAUUCGCUAUCGUCAGUCAGCAGUCGACAUCACGACCGGGAUGCAUUUUACAACUUGAUCGCAUUGACAAUCAGAAUUGGGGAGAAGUGUCGUUCAUUGAAGUCUUCCGAGAUGACAUUGAACCAGCUCGGAGGGGAAGUCUCGAUUACAAAGAAUCAUUCCACGUUGUCCUCAUUGUGAACAAGAUUGAGAUCCAUGCUUGGCGAAUUGAAAUAUCCACUCCUUCCCAUGGUUUGGAACCCCACGAAUUCUACGAUGACGACAUAUCCCUCAACAUCUCGAAUCCACACCAUAAUUCCACCUCCACCCAUGAAGACGACUUUCCCGUUGGAGCUUCAGCAGCCGACACUCGCAUCGUAAACGGACUUCCCUCCAUUAUCACAACGAUGGAGAAAUCCAACAAGAAAUCCUUCCUCAACAUUACAGUUAAUAAACUUGUCCAACAAAGUCUGGGACCUGUUGGUUCAGAUCUUCGAUUCUCCUUCUGUACGGGACACUUUGUUUGUGGCUCCAGCUACGCACUGAUUGUCACUUCAAAGGAUUCCGUGAAAUUAUUGAAAUUACAGAAACGAAUUGACGGCCUUGAUCCCCCCUGUUUACAUGGAUUCGACAACAUUUUUAAAGAAUGGAAUAGUUUGGGUGCUUGUAAAGAAAAGGGACAAUUACUCCAAGCAAGUGCGGCCUAUAGUGGAAGAAUUGCCUGUGUCUACAAGUUGGACAGAAGAACAGAAAAGGAGACAAACGUAUCUGACGAGAAAGAAAAAGUCAGCGGGGGAGGAUCUCCGACCAGCAACAGCGACAACAACAAUGAGUCGCCAAGCUGUGCUGUUACGGUUUAUGAAUGUGAGAGCACGGGAGGGACGGAGUGGAUGUUGGAGGAUACAAUCGAACUUCACACGGGAGGCGAAGUCACAGCGGUUCAUUUAGAGUGGAUUCCAAAACAUGAUGCGCAGCAUAUUUUGGCAUUAGCUAUUUCCGAUAUGAUCUGUCUAUUCGCACAUGUUAGCCAAGAACCAACAAUUACAUUUGGUGCCAAAGUUCUGCCUUCCAGCACAUCGUGCAAAUCGCAGUAUUGGUUGCCCUUGCAUGCGUUUAAACUGAGCAGUGCGGACGGACUAAAUCCGUUUCCAGUCCGGUUCGGUUGGAUUCAUGCCGUUUGUGUUGUCGCGAUGAGAAAUGAGAUGCAAGUUUAUUCUCAGUGGGCUCUAGAGAAUUUGACGGACGUGAGCAGCUUAAUCCCCGCAUCGACAAAGAUGACUCGAAAGGAGACAGAGAUUGAUGAACAGCCAAAUAAACCGCAGAUUGAGCUGUCGCUAUUAUCCGGAAGUGUUGGACUAUUUCAAUACACGAGACAUUGUUUCCCAGUCCUGCCACAAUAUCAUCCAACACAAUUGAUGGGGAUGCUUAAUUCUGGCAAAGUUCGAUGGGUCAGAGUCAUUUUGGGACAUCUCGUUAGAUGCCUGGGAGGAAGUGGAGGUUCUCUAAAGCGACAGAAUUCACUCUUGCACGAUGAAGACGGGAGGCAGCGUAGCUUCUCGAGGUCACGUUGUCUGUCUAUCAGCUACUCAGGUGCGGCUCCACCUUCUCCGUUGGAACAUAGAAACUCUGUUGUGUUUCAGAGUGAUGAGUUAUCCUUUAACUACGCGGAAAUGCGAACAAUUCCGCCCGUUCCGUUAUGGAUGUUGCUAAAUGCAGAGAAAGAUGAUGGGCAGGGUGCGUCGGACGAUAAAUCGAACGACUACAAGGAACUGUUUAAUGCUGAAGCUGUCGAUGAGCCUUUGGACGAAUCCGUAUUUGACGACUUUCUCGACGACGAUGACGAUGGAAUGGGAGGUGGUUCUGAAAAGAAGAGGAGACGAUCCACCAGCGGAGACAAUCAAGCUUUAAACUUUGGACAGAGACAGUCUCGCCAAUUAUCUCGAGUUUUGACCCACACGCAAAUCCCAGGAUUGACAUCAGUCGAUCAAAUGCACCUCUUGGCAUUGGCGGACACUGUCGCGUCUAUCGGGACUAAAUUAGAUCACCAUCGGGACGUUACUCAGAGUCAUUUACACGAUGGAACUCCAGAUUCGUUAGAUGAGUGCGGUCUCCGCUUCCUCAUCGUUGUCCGCCACUACAGUUACCUCAUUAAAUGUCUACCACCCGCACAGCGAGUACCAAUUCAAAAACUUGGGAUUUCCACCUCUGACAUCGUUUGGGCAUUCCAUUCUGAAUCUCAAGAAGAUAUUCUAUCCCUCAUUCCAGCGUACCAUAAAGGAGAAGCUACCUGGUCCCAAAUGCGAGAAUUGGGAGCAGGAUUUUGGCUUCGAAAUAAUCAAACGUUGCGUAUCUGCAUGGAAAGAAUUGCAAAAUACGCCUUCCAAAAGACUCAAGAUCCCAUGGACGCUGCAAUCUUUUACCUUGCCAUGAAAAAGAAAACGCUUCUCUGGGGCUUGUAUAGAUCCAAAAGAGACGAGAAGAUGGCACUUUUCUUUUCCAACGACUUUGCGGAAGAACGAUGGAGAAAGGCGGCUCUCAAGAAUGCAUACGCUCUCCUCGGAAAGCAGAGAUUCGAACAUGCGGCUGCAUUUUUCCUACUCGCAGGAAGUUUAAAAGAUGCAUUGGAAGUUUGUUUAGCCAAGUUGAAAGAUGUUCAGUUGGCUCUGGUCGUGUCGAGAUUAUACGAGGGUGGAGAUUUGGAUCCAACGCCGCCACCGGUCAGGACACUGCUACAAGAUGAAAUUUUAAAAACCACACGCCCCGUGGAUGAAGGAUGCGAACCUGAUCCCUUCCUCUGCUCAAUGGCAUUGUGGAUGCUGAAAGAAUUUCAGAGCAGUUUGGACAUUCUCCUUAAAACAAGAAGCAUGUCAUCCCGUGUUUUCAAUUUUUACGUCUUCCUCCGAAAUCAUCCUCUCCUCGUGCGUCAAAAUAAGGCAAAAGGCACUCUCGCGUUAAGUUCGCAAGAAAGAAAUCUAUACUUUUUCACGGCCCAUGAACACUAUGCAAGAGGUUGUCCAGCACUAGCGAUCCAUGUCCUUUCUCAACUUCCGAAAGAGAGGAAAGCGCCCAACAGCAUAAUUGGAACUCCGAUAAAAUCCCCAGUCAAAGCAGACAGCAGGAUUGAAUCUGGAAUCCUCUCCGGUCAUGAUGAUGAUGACCGAUGGACGAGCGGGACAAGCAACAAAUUGAAUGAUAGUGGAACAGGGACUUCUGUCACGGAUUUUGCGGCACCACCGAAGCAGGAGCCUUUAGACUUUGAUUGGGCGACUCCACUCGCCACUGGACCUUCCAAAAAAAUUGUGGAAGAUGAGUUAAAACUAGACUGGGAUGACGAUGAGCACAGUGGCGAAGAGGAGGAAGAAGCUCCUAAACCAGCUGCUAAAAAACCAACAUUUCUUGUGAAGGAAUCCUUAAUCAAGAAUACGAGUAAAGAUAUGGGGAAAUCCAUCUCAAAAGAAGAAAACAGCAUUUAUGUCGAGGAAGGUGAAGAAGAUUUGAACGAUCCUCAUACUAUGAUUGCCGUAGAGUUGAGAUUGGCUAGCUGUAUGAAACUAAUGUCGGAAGAGAUUGUCAACAUGGCUGGACAAUUGGAAGGGACCGAGCUGAGACUCCACCUCUACGCCUGGUUGGAAAAACAAGUUCCUACCCUCAAGGAAAUCUGCCGGUACACGAGCGACGACGAGGAUCUCGAUACGGACGAGUGGAGUGCAAAAGAAAGAAGCCUAACCCCUCGUCUCGAUACUCAUGGGAGUGGCCUUCAUGAAAUCAUCCUGUCCGAGAAGCUAGAUUUGGAGUGGAAAAUGGGAAUAAUUACUAGACGAAGUCGCUGGCUUCGAGCCAAUCGUCACCUUCUUGCCACACUUUUAUCGUUCGCCCGACUUCACGCGCAUGCCUUGGCUCCAGUGCAUAUCGAACUUGUUUUCCUUCUCGAUGAGCUUCAAAAGGAGAAAUCUACAGGGACGGGACCCUCUCUUGUGUCACCCUUGCCCUACCUUCACUCCGAAUUUCCACUCCUCUCCGCAGUUGCAAAUCCUGCCAAAACGGCCGUCUCGUUUAUUCAGUCCUCUGCUCGAGAUAUACUUCAAACAAUGUCCGAACUUAUUGCCAUCCCCGUUUUUCCUUUAGCAAAGGAUGUCGUUGAUAAUGUGAAGCCUGAUCCGAGGAAAACCUCCAUGGCAGAGUCUGCAGCUACGAAGACGCAUUCCAUUGCUGGGACAGAAAUUCCUGAGGAGACAGGAGGGGAGGAUGGCUUAAAUAGUAGAGAAGGAGGAAUAGGGGAUGAUAAUCCGGAAGACACCGAAGAACAAAAGCAGUCGCACGAUUCUCCGACCAAGAAGGGUGGUGACGAUGAUACGUUUGUAGAUAAUGACCCUAAAGAUGAAAUGAGUGCUAUUGUCUGUGACUGGAAACUAGUCUUGGUUCUCCGUGACUCUGGCGUAGCUCUAAGCUCUUGUCUUUUCCAAGCAUUGAGUGACUCUGAAGGAACGGAAGCGAAAGAAAUCGGUGUCCAACUACUCUUUACACCCAGACGCCGUCGCUGGAGCAGUGCAGGGACGAGUGGUUCAGGAGAUGGUCAAUCCGGCGUCAUCUCAACGCCAGAUAAGUGGCCCGGAGUUGCUAUCCUGCGUGGGAUGUUGUCCAGAGAGGAAGAUGGGGAAACACCAAAAUUAAAGUUCCUGCUAGUUGAAUGCUAUGCUGCGGUGUAUGUUAGCAUUUUCGUCCACGCAAUUGCUAUCUGCGACGCUGUUGUGUUAUAUCGAAUCCUCGCCAAGAAAAUGGAUGCGGCUGGGUUUGCCUCUAUUUUUGGAGGUGGGACUAAAAAGCAGAUCAAAAUGUCCGUGAUUCAACAGCUAAAUCCUCAGUCGCAAAGCUGUUCAUCCGACAAAGACGGUGGCGACACAUCCCCAUCAUCCGUUUGGACGACUCUUGCCAGCCUGAACAAAGCGAGGAUGAAAUUCAACAUGAAAUUACUAGGACAGCAACUUCACCUCACGAGUCCUCGAACGACAACUGCACCAAUAAAGGAAGAAAAACCGACAUUCCGUGAAAAAUUUGUCCCUCCAGACAUUCCCAUUUACGGAUAUUUGAUGGGGAAGCCAAAACCACGUUCUGAUGAGCACGACGGGAAACUAGUCUUCCCAGAUUCGGAGGAUGAGGAUGAAGAUGAGGAACACGAGGAGGAGGAGGAAGAAGAUGACGGGUUCGGUUGGGAGCCAAAAAAUCAGGAAAUGAAACCCGAAAAUUUACAAGAUGAUCCAUUUUCUUACGCAUGGAGAUUGAUGCGACUUGCUGCCGUGAAAUUGGCAAAGAACGAGUUAAAACGAAUCGUUGGGAUUGCUGGAAUUGAUUUCAACGAGCUAUCUCACAUCAGUCCAUAUCUUGACGGACUUAUCCGUGUCUUUACCGUGUGGCAAGAAAGAUUAUUUCGAGAAGUUGAAGGCGUGUCUCCUGCACCGAUGAAUUUUUUGCCAAAUACGGUCGUAGAAAGUUUGGCUGGGCCUCCGAUACAUAAAUAUAGAGCAUUGUUGGAACCAACGAAUACGCCUUUUCCGCAAAAGAGGUUAACAUUCGGCCUUAGAAGAUUGUGGAACAUGUUGGUUCGUGAAGAUAACGUGCAAGACUAUUUUAUCCGCUUCGUCUUUGGCAAGAAGCGAGCCGAGGAUACAAUGUCCUUGUGGGAAAUGAGUAUGGAAGCUCGUAUGAAAACUAGUGAUCGUGGUGAAGGUGCAGGUGAAGAGGAAGAAGAAGAUCAGGCAUCAAAUGCGAUCGGCCCUGUUAGAAUUGUACAUAAGGAGCAUGAAUCAAUCUCUGCAUUCUGUGUCAAUCAGUCAAGUGCUGGCCUUAUGGCAAUUUCUACCCCGAAAGAAAUUCAAGAGUUGGAUAUCAGCGUUUUACUUAAUAUGGAAUCUUGGAAAUUUGAAGAUCAGUGUGAACUUGAUCUCAUUAAUUUAUACAAGGAUCCUGAGACGUUAUCCUCGUCAUCUUAUCUCGUAGUUCAAAGUCCAUCAGACAGGGCUCUCCUCUCCAAUAUCGAAAGACCUCAAAAAGGAAGCCAUUCACUCAUAAAAGGUGUAAAUUUCCACGGGUGUACGAAUCAUAGCUUUGUUCAGUAUGUCUGUGAUCGUUCCAGACGUCUGAUGAUUCCGAUUCUGAAACAUAAAGUUGAUGGAAUACGUCGAAUGGCUUCUCAUGCAACAUUACCACUUUACUUAUCCGGUAGUCAAGAUGGUAGCGUAAGAUUAUGGGAGUUUUCUCACGCACAACCCGUUUCUGUCCCGAGACCUGCUGGAACAUUUGCAAAGGUGACGAAAAUCCGAUUUCACGGGAAUAAAUUUGGAGUUUGUGAUGGCGAUGGAAGACUAAGUCUGUGGCAAAUUGGAACAAAUGCUCGCCCAUUUUAUACUGCCCAAUGCCACACCAAGCAAACAAGCGAUUUUGUCUUCCUUGGGAGUUCUAGCCUCGUUGCGACUGCAGGAAUGAGUACAGAUUCUAAAAAUGUCGCCAUGUGGGACACACUUAUGCCCAUGAAAAAAGCGCAGAUUGCUUCAUUCGUCUCACACGAGCAAGGCUGCGUCGCUCUCGCAUAUGCGGAAGAACAUCAAAGUUUAAUUUCGGCAGGAAAGAAGGGGGCCAUUUGUAUUUGGGACAUUAGACAGAGAUCGUUACGACAUAAAUUCCAAGGUCAUGAAAGUGCUAUAAAAUGCAUGUCCUUGGACCCAUCGGAAGAAUAUUUCUGCACGGGAGCAGCGGAUGGUGAUAUAAAAGUUUGGGAUUUUAAUGGAAAACCGCUAGCCGUUUUCCUAGGAGAACAUUUAAGAUCUGGAUUUUUCAAAAAUAUUCCUGGACAAGGUGUUACCCAACUCUCGUUAGACGCCCACCAUCGCAUGUUCUCAUGUGGAUCGGAUGGAUCUGUGAAAAUUCGUGCGUUAAAAGAUAGAUUUGACUAAUUAUUCCAUACGUUAAAAAUUGUUAUAAAUUUCUUAAUUAUUUACUGUGUUUAUCAAUUUAAAAUUAUAUAUAUAUAUUUAGUUUGCAAUUAAUUCUACAUCAUAAUUUGUAACUUGUGAUAAUACCUUAUAUAUAACUGGAUGCCCUGUUUACGUAUUGAGUUGGUUGUUGUUAUUUUGAAUUUUAAUGAUAACUUGUCCCCCCACAUAUUAACACCAGUUCUUCUGUAAAUAAUACCGCAAAGUAAACACGUUUAAAGAAAAUGGUACGUUCGUGUUAUACUGUUAUCUCCAAAAAGUUCCGAAUGAUCAGUUCUGAUUUAUUUAACCGAGUAUUACAAUUUCCUAGUCAUCCGUAGCUCGACGCGAUAAUUUGUACGAAAAUUGUAGUUGCAAGAAAUAUCUCAUCUAAAAUCCAGCGUUAAGUAAAAUGGGGUAAGAACAAUAACUUAUAUAGAAUAUAUAAUAAUAAGAAUCGAUUAUCGUAUAAUAUGUAAGUGCCGAAGACAAGGAGUAAGUAUUUAAAAAAUAUACUGUCAGACAGAAUAUGUAGUCAAACUCAAUUUACAAAAAAGUCAAAUGAUUAUGAUACUGGUUAAAUCAAUCAUGUCGUGUAAAAAGAUUACCUUUUCUCAGACAAUAUUACAGAACGAGGCACAGUGAACGAAACAAAUUAAGUAAAUUAACUGUUUCUGAUUUCCUCUUUUGUACUUAAUACAUACGAUUCGUUUAACUACUUCAAUUGAGAUUUGAUUGAGGGUGCUACUGCGCAAUUUUUUAAUUCCUCAUAAAACUAAAGACACUUAUUUGCCCCAGGUUUCAAUUUUCAAUAAUAAACCUGUAGAAGUAUAAUAAAUUUAAAUAAAUUUUUGUAAGUUGUGUAACAAAGAAACAAGUGAAGAAGAAUUGUUGGGACUGAAUUACUACACAACAAGCGAUGCAAUCCAAUCCACUUAUUACUGAAACUGAAAUAAAAAAACCUACUCCAAGCAACUUAGCGGGGCCUUUUAAGAUGGCAUUAAUGCCAUGUUGGUAGUUAAUGGCGACACAUUUGGGUGGAAAAGACCCCCACCGGUCAACCACUUGACCGAUCAUGCCCACCUUCGAACUCAUCCUUACUUUUGACCCGAAGAUCAAGUGUACAAAAUUUCAAGUCGAUAGAAUGUGUUUAAAGAAAGUUAUCGUGCGUACAGACAGACGGACGGACAGACAGACAUCCUGACAAAUCUAUAAGGCCAUAUUAAAAGGCCUAAAAAUACAUAUGAAGAAGAAGAAUCACUGGAAAUUCAGAAGCUUAAGUCAAAUCAUGAUUACAUUGUGGUUCAUUAUUAUAUUACACAUAGUUGUUAAAAGAAUUGCAUACCGUUGUUUGCCUUACUUUCUUCUCAAUCAGCAGCCGACGCAGCAGCAGAAAUGAUACUGAAAAUGAUAUGAUAAUAGACAUUCCGAACUACUACGUACACCGUGAAUUUAAAGAAAACAUAAUCAAUUUACAAUUUUUACUAUUUCAUUUGUACUAUUAUUCUGUAAUGUGUGUAGAUUAUGGUGCUCCUCAGUUCGUAUUUUUGUAGGUAUGAUUAAGUAAAGAGUUCCCCAAUUAACUAACUAACCAACUUCCUAAUUUUUGACAUUAGAGAUUUGACCAGUAUGCAACAUCCUGAAUCCUCAAUUUAUGCUCCUGUAUUUUAUCCUUCCUUAACCAGAUCGUAUGAUAAAGACCUAAGAAAACUAACGACUAAAACUCACUCACACCUUGUUGAAACAAACCUAUGCAGAUUAAUGUGGAAUUAAAAAAAACUAUUGAUUGUUGUCUAUGUAGUUAAAAUAAUAUCGUGUCUUUGACAUUUAGAAGAAAUGAUUAGCCUACUAAAUAUUAUGUAAAACUAGACUUGUUGUAUCGAAUAGACAAACAAACCGUAGCAAGAGAAGAAAAAUAUGAGACAGUCAAUUUACUUUUGUAGUAGCUCAGUAAAAUGAUAAGACUUAUUAACAAGAAACUCAAUUUAUACACACAGCUAAAUAAUCAAGUCGUAUUAUACAUAUUUAAUGGUUACUAUUAAUUAAUUGUUCGAUAAGCGUGCGGUGUCAUUGUGAUGUCCUCUUGUACAUAAAAUAUGUGAUUUAUUUAUGUGAUGUGAGAUGCAAGGGAAAUUGUUUCUUUUGAAAAAUCUGAUAUAAAGUUUGUGGGUUUUGAAUUUUUGGGCGCAUAUAGUUAAUCGUUAAUUGGUUGAAUUAUAAGACAUACUGUUACUACAAUUGCUAUUCGUAUUUAAAUACUAAGAAUAAUCUAUAAAAUUGUACCCACAUCACAUAAGAAAAUUGGCAUCGUGUUAUGACAUAAAUUACAACUUGUACUUUUACCGUAUCGCUAAUAUGUACACAUAUAUUCUGGUUUACGUUAAUUGUCCUGUGUGUGUAAAAAAUGUAUGUAAUUUAAGAUGGAACAAAAUAGUCGAGUCAAAACAGUCGAGUUAUUAUUAUAUAAAUAAAUACUAAAAUAAAAUUGGAAUUUGCAGAGUAAA